AUGAAUGGAUGGACGGAGACUUGUUAAAAACGUUGAAAAUACCAAAAACUUAAUUCAUUACAAAUGCAGUUGCACAGAGAGACGGUCGAAAACAUUUGAAUAGAAAGGAAAACAAAUUUUAACGGUUUUAUUUUUAAACAAACACAUUUUUUCAAAUUCAAAUUAUAAAAUUAAAAAAAAAACAACAACAAAAUAAACGAAAAAUAACAAUUAAACAAGUGAUAAAAUUAAAAUUUUAUAAAAAUAAAUACUUAAGAACAUAAAAAAAAACAAACGACAAUAAAUUUUAAAAUUAAAAAAAAAAUACUAUAAAGCUGAAUAAUAAUUUGUAAACAAUUGCAUUUAUAUCCUAAACAAAGAAAAUGAAAUAAAAACCCAACAAACAAAAAACUAUAAUAUAAAAUUAAACUCUGCUACUUGUCAAAACUACCAAAAUCUAUUAAUAAGUUUUCAAUUAAUCAAAGACAAACGUGAAACAUGAAUUCCAAAGUGGGUUCGUUAGAGGAAAAAGUUAAAUUACCGCCUACGGAAACUAUCAGUCGCUGCUAUCAGCCACAGGGCAAUCGUAAGGUCAUUCGCAUUUUAACGGUAGCUGUUUAUGUUCUAUGUGUGUCUCUGGCAGCCAUUAUGCUGUCACUAUAUUAUAUAUUCAUAUGGGAUCCAACGAUACGCCCAUUUGUUACAAAAAACAAUAAUUGUGACAAAAUUGUGAUACCCGAAAAAAUCGCCAUACGUUUAAUCAAUUCAUCCGAAGUAACCGCCGAACAAUUCUAUAAACACAUUUUGGAACAAUAUCGUAUACUAAAUCAACUGCAACAACAGCGUCAACAAUUUUUACAAAAACAACACAUACAACUGCAACAAUUGGCAGCAACAGGCAAUAAAUUUCAAGAGAUCUUCGCAACAGCGACAAUAAUACAAUCAAAUCCCAAAGAUCGCAUCAACAAGCCGGUGACACCAACCAACGGUACAUUCCUACUCGAUCCAGCCCGACAACCACCACCUCCACCGCCGCCAGAACUAUCCGAACUGCCGACACUGAACGAACCCCAAGAUCGUAUACCAUUGGGCAUUGAGAAGGAAACUACAAUGUUGAGACCCAUAGAAACAUUGCCCAUAUUGGAUACAUCACCGGUGUAUGGCAGCAAACGGAAAACACAUCGCAAACACUAUCAGCAUCAUCGACGGAAUCAACGUAAUCACCAGAAACUCAAGGAAUUGGAAGAUGAGGAAAAUCUCGAGGAGAAAUUUAACCAGGAGAAAUACAAGGAGACAGCCCUAAAUCCACCCACAUCAAUAAUACAAGAACCGCUGUACACCUCAAUACCCAUACCGUUGAUAUUGAAUUCAAAAGAGGACAAAAGACCCCAUCACAAUCAUGGCCACAAUGGCCAUGGUCACAUGGAGAAACGUACCAAAGCUUUGGCGCGAAAACGCAUAACAGCCCCAUCCGUUUCCGGUUACGAUACAAAAUCAUAUUUGAAUCCAUUUUUAAAUGGUGAAUUAAUAUUUGAGAAAUAAAUUCAUUCAAUAAUAAAUGUUAA